AAUUUUCAAAUCGAGAAGAGGCGCUCGGUGGAGUUUAACAACACAAACAAUGCAGAGACCAAACAAAGGGAAGACUCCUCGGAGACAUGGCCAAAAAAAGGCAUCCAACAUUGACAAAGAUCCUGUUGGAGUAUACUGUCGUAUACGUCCACUUGGACGAGAAGAUGAAGAAUGUUGUGUUGAGAUGAUCAGCAGCUCCACGAUUCAGCUCCAUCCUCCCGAUGGCCUCAAAGCAAACCGUAAUGGGGAAUACAAAGAGACCCAGUACUCCUUUAAAAAAGUAUUUGGUAUUCAUACUACUCAAAUGGAGCUGUUUGAGGAUGUUGCCAAGCCUCUGGUAGAGGACCUUAUUCACUGUAAAAAUGGUCUGCUGUUUACGUAUGGCGUUACUGGAAGUGGUAAGACCUUCACCAUGACUGGCACACCUGGUGAAGGUGGACUCCUCCCCCGCUCUUUAGACAUGCUCUUCAACAGCAUCUGCCCCUUUCAGGCCAAAAGAUUUGUGUUUAGACCAGAUGACAAAAAUGGGAUGGAGAUCCAGGGUCAUGUUGAUGCUCUCCUGGAGAGACAGAAACGAGACAGUCAGCAGUCGGUGCCCAAAACGACAUCCUCCAGGCAGAGGGCCGACCCAGAGAUUGCGGAUAUGAUCAGCUCAGAGGAGGCGUGUAAAUCUGAGAGUGUGGAUGAAGACUGCUGUUACAGCGUUUUUGUCUCCUACAUCGAGAUCUACAACAACUAUAUCUAUGAUCUCCUUGAAGAUGCUCCGUUUGACCCAAUCAGACCAAAACCGCCUCAAUCCAAGAUUCUCCGUGAAGAUCAGAAUCAUAACAUGUAUGUGGCCGGCUGCACAGAAGUUGAGGUCAAAUCUAAAGAGGAGGCUUUUGAAGUCUUCUGGAAGGGACAAAAGAAAAGGAGGAUAGCAAACACAGAACUGAACCGUGAAUCCAGUCGCUCCCACAGUGUGUUCACAGUGAAGCUGGCUCAGGCACCACUUGAUGCUGAUGGGGACCACAUUCUACAGGACAAAAACCAGGUGAACGUAAGUCAGCUGUGUCUGGUCGACCUUGCAGGCAGUGAGCGCACCAGCAGAACCAGAGCAGAGGGAAACCGUCUCCGUGAAGCAGGUAAUAUUAACCAGUCCUUGAUGACACUGCGCACAUGCAUGGAAGUCCUGCGUGAAAACCAGAUGUGUGGAAUGAAUAAGAUGGUGCCAUACAGGGACUCUAAAGUUACACACCUGUUUAAAAACUACUUUGAUGGAGAAGGAAAAGUCAAAAUGAUCGUCUGUGUCAACCCAAAGGCUGACGAUUAUGACGAAACUAUGCUGGUGAUGCGCUUCGCAGAGAUGACGCAGGAGGUGGAGGUGGCGCGGCCUGUUGACCGGCCAAUCUGUGGCCUCGCUGCAGGACGCAGACACAGAAACCAGGUCUUCAAAGAUGAGCUGUCACGUCGCCUGGAAGAGCAAGGGGGUCCCAGUGACGCCGAUGACCCAGCUCUGCUGAACCACCUAUUGGAAAGCCUUCCAGCCAUUCCUCGUUGUGAGCUGGUGGACCCAGCUGAUGAUCAGACGUUGCCCCGCCUGAUCGAGGUCCUGGAGAGGAGGCAUCGUGUCCGUCAGAUGAUGGCAGAUCAGUUCAACAAAACUGCCAGUACACUGAAGUCCAUGCUUCAGCAGUUUGACAAUCAGCUCAGUGCAAAGGAGACGUUCUUCCAUGAUCAACGAAGCAAACUGGGCGAAAAAGAAAAAGUCAUCAACAACCAGAAGACAGAGCUCGAAAGAUUAGAGAAAAAAUCCAAAAUGCUUGAAUACAAGAUCGAUAUCCUGCAGAAGACGACAGACAUGUAUGAGCAGGACAAACGCUCACUUCAGCACGAGCUGGAGACUCGGGAGCAGCGGCUCCAAAGAGAGCUAUCAGAGAGGAGGCGCAUGGAGCAGCGCAUGCAGGGCAUGGUGACAGACGCAAAACAUAAGUGGGAGAAGGAGUGUGAGAGGAGAGUGAAUGCCAAGCAGCUGGAGAUGCAGAACAAGUUGUGGGUGAAGGAUGAAAAGUUGAAGCAGCUCAAGGCCAUAGUGACGGAGAGCAGCAGCGGCGCUGGUGGUAGUGGUGGUGGGUUUCCCACUGAGCGUCCAGAGAAGCCUGAAAGACCAUCGAGGGAGAGAGAUCGCCAGAAGAGGUCCGCCUCCCCAACACCUCUUCAUGACCAAACUCCUUACCACCAAAGUCGAGCCAAUGUUAGGGCAGUUCAGGACCCUUACCCUACUUCCACCUCCCCUUCCUCCUCCACCUCCUCCUUCACCUCAGCCUAUCCCUCAGUAGCCUCCUGCAUCUCUGAUUGGGAGAACAGGUUACCUGUAGACUCAAGCAGCCAAGCUAGGCACCCUGGGACUCCCCAGUGCAGGAGCCGGACUCCCGCUCCAUCUUACGGCACCAGCAGCGUGGGUCGCAGGAGAGGCCAUCGCUGGGUGGCAGACACUGAGGUCUAUGGGCUAGACCUAGAGGCAGGCACAAGGGGAAAUGUUUUUAAGACCAGAGCCGGUGGACAAGCUGUGCAGUUCACUGACAUUGAGACAUUAAGACAAGACUGCCCAACAAGUCGCAAGAGGCGAUCAGGGUCUGGAGAAGGACCAGCUCAAAUUGAGGACAUGGAAAACAGACCUCCAGUACCAAGCACAAGUUCAAGUUAUGGAUAUCAAAAACGCAGAAAGCCUUGAGGUGCUGUGAAUAUGAAGGAACUUUUUUUGUCUUCUUGAAAACAUGCAAGAUUCUGCCGGACUGUCGGGACAGUGAAGGGACCACCAUGUGAAACUAUGCAGCUUUUUGAGAGUUGGGGCAUUUUUUCUGUUAUGACUGAUCUUAUUAUAAAUGAUUAGUGUGCAAUUCUAGUUUAAUCACAGCCCAAAUGACAUUGAUUUAACAAUGUAGAACAUUUCUAUUCACAUAUGCUGGAUUAGUUUUUUCCUUUUUUGAAUGCUGGAUUUAUUACUUCUUAAAGACAUGGACUUACUAAAUAGCUCAAAAUGAUAAAUGUUUUAAUACUUAAUAUUUUCACUGCCUUUUUACUGCUACCCAAAGACUAGAAUAUUUGAGCCUUUGAACAAUAGAAAUGUGUAUUUUUUUUACUUUUAUAGUCCUUGCUUGCUUUUUUCCAAUCAUUAUUCAUUUAUUGGAUGUUACACUACAGUAUAUUGCUGAUUGCAAAAAACAGAACAGUUGUUUUAGAAUUAGUUUAGGCCUGUAAAUACCUCCCUCAUUAGGCUUUGCUGAAAUCAAUUUCUGACGAACUGUAAAUAGGUAUUAUGAAGCUUUUUUUCCUCUGUUGAAAUAGGUGAUGUGUUGCACACUACCCCUUUUGCUGGCAUUAAAUUAAUUCAAAUACACACAAACAA